UGCCAGUGCUGCUUGGCACUGGUCGCGAUCUACCCUGAGUGAGCACUUCCAGUGGGCGCAGAUUCAUCUUCCUGUUGUCUUUUCGCGCCUGUUUACGCACCAGCAAUCGCACUCCCGCUCGAUCGCCUUAAUUCUUCUUUGCAGGCAAUCACGCGACCUCUGCAAUACUCGACUGACGUACUAAUACAACAUCAAAUCGUCGCAACUGCCAACUAUCGCAACUGGUCAGGAUGAAGAGUCUUCGGAGCAAAGCGUCGCACUUCUUCAGAGAUAGGCCAAGUCGUGAUGAGAAGACCGCUAUCGCCGACAGUUCGGACAUCGACUUUGACGCCGGGAUUCAGGACGUGGGUAUGCGGAAAAAGCCAUCGCGAUUCUUUGGACGCAAGAACGACAAGCUGAACAAGCCUCUGCCUACUCUGCCUUCCAACUCCAACUCGUCCACGCCACUUGUCCCAGUCGCUACGUGUGUCACCCUAAGACAGCAAGGCGAUAGCUUCGAGAACCUACUCGACUACGAGGAUCUGGAAGAAGAAGAGUAUCAAACAAGCUCACCGGCACUUCCGCCAGCUUCGCGCAGCCUCUCCGGCACUCCAGAGCACAAACACAUUCGCGGUGGAGAGCCGCUCAAGUCAAAGUCGCGCCCCAACUUCGUACUGCUUAGAGAAAAAGGUUCUUGUCUCUUUGGCGGCAGCAAGAACAACGACUCCACGCAGUCACCAACGCCUCCGCCCGUUCCACAGAUACCUACUAGCGUCCCUUUCCCCAAGGCACGCCGUCCUGUCCUCACACCACUGUCUACAGCUCGUGGAUCGCGUGGAUCUCUCGUCAAGAUUCAAAACCGCAGCGUCUCCAUCUCCCGCCCUCAGCUCAUGGCCCAGCUCUGCAGUCCACCCAUCCCAGAAGACCACGCCACGGUACCCUUCGAAAAGCGUCCCGGCCCACCACCUCCCCGUCCUCCUCGUCCUGACAGUCUCGACGAGAAGACUCUAGCCUUCAUGCGCGAAAGCGGUACACGUAUGAACCUCCCCUCCAGUAACCGCGGUAGCACCAGUACGGCGACGGCCUCGACACCCCGCAGCCAGGCCAGUUCCAUCGAAGCACGUCUCGGGUUCCCCUCUGGUCACGGCACUCCUCGUACUUGCUCUAUUGAGCCCCCUCUCGCAGCACGCUUUACGCUAGAUCCUAACCAGGCCCUUCCUGUCCGUGACAGCAGUGGCGAUCUGGUGUUAAGUCGCUUUAGCGAGUUUGUUCGGUAUCAGCGACAGCGUAGUCAUGCAGUCGAUGGUGUUGAUGCAGAGGAUAGGGAGAUUGGUCCUAUUGAGCUGUGGGAUCCUAGUAAAGAGGGUGAUUGGACGCUGGAGAAGCAGAUUAGUCAGGGUAGGGAUGGGAGGCCGGGUGGUAUGCUGUUUCGUGAUAGGUGGGGUGGAUUCCACUUUGUGGCUGAUAUCUAGGCUCUGCACGGCUAUCAGUGUGAUGCAUGUCGUUGUUUCGAUGUUGAAAGCACUUGAUUCGGUACGUGUAAGGCUCAGGAAUCGAGGAAGAUGAUGGGGAAGCUCGUCAUAGAUGCAGGGUUGACACCUUUGCACGGAGGAGACAGCAAACUGGGAAUACAAAGAGAGAGAAUGCAGGCAAGUAUAAGAAAGAUUCGAAAGUCCAAUCGAGAAAUCAGAGGUGAUUUCAAAGGUUAGCACAAUAGUUAUUUGACCGUGGGGUUGAGUCUUUGAUGGUUGACGAAUGGGGCUUAGUGUUUAGUGAGGUGAAGUCGCUCCAGAUGUCAGUGCACGAGCUUUUACUUAUUAGGCGACGACGACUACGUAGGUAGAUUCGAAAAGAAAGCAUCCAUACC